AUGAACAACCUGCCUAGGGAAGAAAGAAUGAAGCCAGAAAACAUUAUCCUUGUUGGCAUCAUGCCUGGUCCAAAGGAAGCAAAGAUUGACCAGAUGAACAACUUCUUGGAACCUCUGGUAGACGAGCUGGUAGAGUUAUAUGGCAGCAUAACUAUGAAAACUCCAGAGUUCCCCAAUGGUACUAGUAUCCGCGCUGCUCUUAUGUGUGUUGCUUGCGACAUACCUGCUGCAAGAAAGACUGCUGGAUUUACAGGAUUUGCAAGUACAAACGCCUGUCACGUAUGCAAGCAUCAUUUCACUGUUGUUGCUGGAACAAGUAAGAUCAAUUAUUCUGGAUUCAAUCAUGAGAACUGGGUCUCCCAAACAAAAGAGGAAAAUGCAACCGAAGCUGAGAUGUGGUUCUGCGCAGAAUCUGAUGCAGAGAGAGCUGUUUUGGAGAAGCAGCAUGGCACCCAUUUUUCCGAGUUGCAUUGCCUAUACUACUUUGAUCCCGUCCGAUGCACGAUUGUUGAUCCCAUGCACAAUUUGUUUCUUGGGACAGCAAAGCGUAUGAUCAGUGUUUGGAAAGACCUGAGGUAUCUCCCAACUGCUGUUCUCAUCCGUAUGCAACAUCUUGCCAAUGGUAUUCUUGUUCCUCCCGGGUAUGCCGUUUUAUCAACAAAGAUCGAAUCUGGUUUCCCGUAUACAAAGGCAGACGAGUGGCGAUCGUGGUGUCUGAUUUAUUCGUUGGUGGUACUAAAAGACGCUUUGCCUGAAGACGACUACAAAAACUGGACUCUCUUUGUAAAAACAUGCCAAAAGUUGACCGGUCCUUCAGUCACAUAUUCAGAAAUUGACAGCGCACACCAGCUCCUUAGAGAAUUCGGAAAAGAGUGGGAGACUCUUUAUGGAGAGAGCAGCAUCACGCCAAAUAUGCACUUGCAUAUGCACUUGCGCGAGUCAAUGCUUAAUUUUGGUCCGGUAUAUGCAUUCUGGCUGUAUAGCUUCGAGAGAUACAACGGCAAGUUGAAGAACAUCAAGACGAACCAUCGCAAUGGUCUUGAGGUCACCUUCAUGAGAGUCUUCCUGGAGAAAGCAUUCAUUGGUAGCUUUCUUCGAGCGUAUUCUACCAAUCUUUCAUCACCACUGAUAGAGUUCCUUGAGGGGAUUGCCCAAGUAAAAUCAAAUUCCGACAGCUCUUCUCCCUUGAAUUUGGAUGCUGGCCACCCUCCUGCGUUGCCAUUUAGCUUAGCAAUGUUCCAGCAAGCUGCUACAAAUCCAUGGUACAAUGUCACCGGAAGUGAGGCCUUGCCCCCGACCACAUUGCCAAUCAAGUUGCAGCCUUUGACUAUGAUGAAGGAUGAUCACUAUCAGUGGUUAUUUGAAUUCUAUGUCAAGGCUUACCGGAGUACAAGUGUUUCCUUCUGUGUGGUAGGGAGAAUCCCAAUUGGUGAGGAUGUAUUUGUGAACAAUCGGAUUCAAAAGGUGAAGAAGAUUUCGUUGCUGGGGCAAGAGUACUGCAGUGGUGAAAAGAAGAAGUGCGGGUCUUUUGUGAGGGUAUUGUUUCUUGAGAGAACAAAUGACGAUGUAUCUGAAUUCCCUGGUCAAAUAGAGUAUUUAUUUACUCAUACCAUCAAGAUCGGUGGAGUCAAAAGAGUGUCAACGUUCGCAUUCAUUAAAUGGUUUCCUGCCUACCAUUCAAGUAGUCAUCAGCCAUUAGCUGAUCAAGGUCUGCAGUUGUGGGACAAGGGAUUUAUGGAAGAAGAUGCUUCGUGCAUUGUUCCAGUGCAUCGUCUGCAUUUGUGCUUUGUGUUGACUACGCAUAAAAUGCAGAGUGGGACGCAAAAGCACCUGGUUAUUCCACUGCCUAGAAAAGUAGUCACAUAA